CAACCACGUAACUUCCUGUAGCCGCAGUAGCCGUUUGGUUGCUAAGCUAAUCGGCCGCUGCAACGAGAUGACGUCAAAGAUGACCGCUGUAAGCACUUUUAAGAAGGAAGUGUCCCUCAUCGUGAGCAGCCUGGCCAGAGCGGUGCUGACGGAGAUCUUCAGUGCGGCGGAGGAAGCUUCUUUAAACCAGCAGAACCGCGAAGCUGAGGAGAAGCUCAGUGCUCUGGUGGAGCAUCUGUGCGUUGAAGCAGUGGAGAAAAUCCUGAAGCUGGUUGAUCUGAGUGUUGUGAAGAGCGAAGGGAACGUGGGACUAGUGCAUGAUGGGAGCGAGGACGCUUCAGAGACAAGGCAGGCAGCAGGAGGUGAAGGUGGUGAGGUUCCCCUCCCCCCCUCAGAGCAGGCCUACAUCCUGAUCUACGAGAACGCCGCCGACUCUGAGUGUCUGUUGGUGUCGCUGCAGAACCAGAGCGCUGACGGUGGAAAUGAAAGCACGUGUGAUGCAACAGGUGAGGAGACGGCGCAACGUGCUGGUUCCUCCCCCUUCUUACCUCCGCCUCAGGCUGAUGACCAUGAGUACGCUCGCUCGGCAUCACCACUUUCCAGCAGCACCUCAGCAGCUGUCGGUGGGGUCAGGAAGAGGACUCGGGGUGGCAGAAAGAAGAAUCCAGUCACAACGUCUGCUGAGGUGACCGAGACUCACCUGCGGUGCUCGCAGUGUGGCAUGUUGUUUCCAAACAGCAAACGGCUCGCCGACCACGAGAAGAAAGCCCACCCGGUGUGCUCAGUGUGUGGCGUGCUGUUCACUGGCGUCCUGAAGCUCCGUGAACACGAGAUCAAAGAGCACGGGCUGCUGCCGUACACCUGUGACUACUGCCCGAAGAGAUUCAACCACAAGGCGCACCGCGACCUGCACAUGAAGGCGCGGCAUACCGGCGAGAAGAGCUGCCACUGCGACAUCUGCGGGAAGGGCUACGCCUGUGUCAGCGUGCUGAAGACCCACCGCAUGACACACUUUGACAAGACGUUCAUCUGUGACGUCUGCGGGAAGGGCUUCUACCACGCCUGCCACCUGACGCGCCACAAACUGGUGCAUCAGGAAGUGCGGCCGUACCGCUGCUCCACCUGUGGGAAGGGCUUCACGCAGGCUGCAAACCUGCGCAGUCAUCAGGUGACGCACACCGGCGAGCGACAGCUCUGCUCAGUCUGCGGCAAGAGCUUCCGCUGCCUGAAAAACCACAUCAUCAGCAAACACUCACAUGAGCUGCCCGCCACAGACGCCAUCAUCAGCUGCGAGGUCUGCGGUAAGAAGUUCCCCAACCAAUCGCAGUACCGGGCACACCAGAGGAGCCACACAGGGGAGAAACCCUUCCACUGUGACAUCUGCGGGAAGAGUUACCGGCUGAAGGAGCUGCUGCGUGACCACCGGUACACGCACACUGGGGAGAAACCGUACCGCUGCUCGUUGUGCUCCAAGACCUUCAACCUGGCCACGAGCUUCAUGAGGCACCGCAGCAUCCACACCGGAGAGACGCCGUACAGUUGCCACGACUGCGGCAAACACUUCCGCCUGCUCACCUUCCUCAAAGCUCACCUGCAGACCAAAGCUCACCUGAAGCAGAUGCAGCAGAGGCGGGCCGAUGCUGCUCAGAAUUGAGGAGGAUGUGCGUCUGAUCUCCCAGCGUUCUGAUUGGUCUGACAGGCACACGGGGAAUGAAAAUAGACAUUUUUCUCACGGCUGCACUAGAAUGGCCUCGUCUGCCACCUGACUGUGAGGAACCAAUCACACAUCUCAGUUUCUGUAAAACAGUCGAGUGUUUU